UAUAUAAAUCACUAGUAUACAUACAUAACAAUCUUCAAAAAUCAACCAAAAACAAAUUAGUACUCUCUAAUUAUGUCUAGGUGGAACAUAAGGAGGAAGCUUUCUCCGGCUAAGAGAGCAUGGAAAAGCUUCACCAAAAAACUCCAACCCAACAUCAUUCACUUCAUUAAUCUCAUCAACAAACACUCUUCCAAUAUCAAAACUUCAUGUCAUCACCUCCUUUACAUCCUCCACUCCUUUCUCCCCACCAAAUUCCGAACCAUCUCCUCCUCGGCCGCCUCCUCUCAUCGACGUUUCUAUCACAACUACUCUCACCAUCAUCAUAAUCAGGCGAUCUACAACAACUUCUCUGCUAUACACAUAGACGAGCUUUUUCCUUAUUCUGCCUCUGCCACGACCUCUGCCUCGGGUAUUAAGAAGAGUAAUAUUGUUAGUAGAAACACUAGUAAUAAUAUUACUAUGCAUCGUGAUGAAGCUGGAACGAGCGGUAAUGGUAAUAGUAAUGAGAAUGAUAAGGGUAAAAAAGUAGCGGUUGGAGACAAGGAUAUAAAGAGAGUUAGUAGUAAUAAUAAUAAACAGAGUAUUUAUAGCGUAGAAGAGGCGUGGAUGGCGGUGGUGGCUGCAUCGCCGCAACUAAGAGGAGUGGAUGAGAGAGCAGAGGAAUUCAUUAGCAAUUUCAGGGAAGAUAUGAAGCUUCAGAAAGAAAAGUCUCUUCUUGAGUUUCAAGAGAUGUUGAAACGUAGUGCUUAAAAACAUCUAUGGUUUAUAGAUGAUAUACAUACAUAUAUACAUACAUAUGACAUUGAUAUAUUCUAGGAGGUUGAAGAAUCUCCAAAAGACCAAAAAGGGUAUGUUUUAUUUCAGUUUUUGGUCUGUUUGCUUGGCUUGAAUUUUAUUAAUUAGAGGUAUAUAGGAAUGAAAAAGUUGGAAUUGUAUAGUGAUUAGUGAGUGUGAUGACAUUUGUUUCAUGUGAGAUUUUGUUAUUGUGUGUAAGAUUUGAUUUUCUUUUUUCCUAGUUACUUUAUCAGGGAAUGAUUAAUUUGAUUUGUUUA